AUGCCGAAACGGAAGCGUUCUGCCAGUCCCAGUUCACCUCCGAGACGCAACUAUUUGGAAUUGUGUUCCCGAUUUGCCGAGAUCACCUCGACAAACAAUGCGCUGGCGAUGGUUUAUUUGCAAGAUCGAGACUGGGAUCUGGAGAAAUCUGUUGCCGACUACUUGUCCGAACGAUCAGAGACAACAGAACAACCGAUGACCAUCAGUUAUAUUGAUUUGACGGANCCAUGCCACCGAGCCCCCCCUGGUCGAGACACUGUUCAACGUGCUCUCAUGGAAUGUCGAUGGUUUGGAUCAGGCCAAUCUACUCCCGCGUACGAAUGCAAUUGUAUCCUGUUUGAAAAGGUAUUGUAUUCUCAAUCUGGUCCGUGA